AUGGCCGUAACUGAUGAUUUCACUCAGACUAGAGCAGCCGGAUGGACAGUGCACCUUGCCCCCUGCCACAGCCCCGGAUGCGCCUGCGGUUCCGCAUUGACGUUGCCCCUGCGGUUCCGCAUUGACGUUGCCCCUGUCCUCAAAGCAAAGAGCUUUCCCUUGUACCAUCAUCAUCCUUCAUGCAAGAGCAUCCCAUUUCCCACUCCCACCACUCUGCUGACUGGGAGGGAUGGUAGCCUGGCCAGCAACCCUUACUCUGGUGACCUCACAAAGUUUGGACAUGGGCAUGCCUCCUCCCCAGCCACAGCUUUGGCCAAACCUCAAUGGAACGAGACUCAGACUCACCACACUAUGCAGCAGGCAUUCCUGAAACCGGCACUGCCUCCUGGCUAUGGUUAUACCAGCCUGUCAUACUACACAGGGGUUCCUGGCCUCCCCAGUGCCUUCCACUAUGGGCCUGCUGUGUUCCCUGUGGCUCCUACAUCUUCUAAGCAGCAUGGUGUGAAUUUCAGUGUAAAUGCAGCCACCCCUUUCCAACAGCCAACUGGAUAUGGGUCUCACGGAUGCAACACUGGUGUAUCAGUCACAUCCAGUAACCUGGGUAUGCCUGAUAUCUCAGGUUCUGUGUACUUCAAAACCCAGCAGUCCUUUGAGAAACAACAUUUUCAUUCUGGUAUUUCUGCUGCCUCCUUCAACUUGCCUUUAGCCCUAGGAAGUGGGGGGUCCAUCAAUCUGGCCACAACUGCUGCCUUCCCACCUGCCCCCUUUAUGCAUACUCUGACCGCCCUCCCCCAUCAGCAGCUGCACUCCCAGAUCCUCUACUAUCACCUGCAUCAGGAUGGCCAGACAUGCAGCAGGUAA